GCCACGCUGCGAGCUUUGUUGGGUACGCGUGUGUUUCGAGCUACCUUUUCUUUCCUUUGUCUUCACCUUCCGUUUUUUGUCUCUUCCUUCCUUUUCACUGUCGCAUUACUUCUUGUGCUAUCGCAUAUGUAUACUCUUUCUUUCUCUUUCUAUUUCUCUGUCCUUUUUUUGAUCUUGUUUUAUCCUAAUCGAGCUAUCGUUCUUUAAGAAAGAUAACGCGGUCCUGGAAGGCGACACGAUUUCUACUCACUCUUUGACUCGCCAAGCGAGAGAAUUUUAACUUGGGAAUCGAAUCUUGUAUUACAUUUCUCCACGGAGAAGGGAAGACAGAGAAGGAAGGCACAAGAAAGAGAGAGAAAGACAAAUGUUUCCGCGCGCUUGCAAAAUUAACUUUGAGAAUCGAAGCUCUAGGUUCGGAGUUUGCACUUGUUUGUCGGCGAACUUAGAUUUGAACGCGACAGGCACAGCGAUUUUUUCCAAUUUCUCGCAUCGUAAGUAUCGACUCGUCGUUCCAAUUCGCAGCGAAUCCCGGCAAUUUCUUAUGUGUAAACGAACGGUGUUAAGUGAACGAAAUGUCGAUUUCGCACCACGGAUGCCCUGCAGUAAGCACCUUCAGAACGCCAUGAUCGCAAUUGUGGAGAUAAGAAGAACGUUAAAAUGUUAGAAUAUGAGAUCUGCGACUGCUGCAUUAUUCAGCUGUACGGCUGAAGCGAAUGCUUCGGAUCAUGUUGAUUUCCGCUUACGUUUAACCGAGAUAAAGAAUCUUCAGAUCGAGUGACUUCCGUUCGAAGGCUACUAAGACGUUUCGCGCGAGGAACGGUGCAAGCAUCGAGUGCUUCGAAGAGCGACGUAUCCAAAGAUGCUUGCCGAGAGCCGCGCGAUCAUGGCCUGGACAACUCACUCUCGUUGAAGAAAGUAUAUAUGCGCUGUCGAUACACGACUCAGUGAGCGACAUGCCGCGAUAAUGCAGUGAUUCAGUAGUUGUGAUAACGCCUAUACAGUACACGUGCGCGAGUGGCGAGUAGUGCAAGUGCAUUCUGUGAGUACAUUGUCGUGCUGCUGCACCUGACAGUGCCAAUCGUACUGGAAAUUACGAGACAUUGAGAUGUGGAGAAUCACGUCGAGAGCAGCAUUACGUAUCUACGAGAAUGCGUGGUGGCAUUAAUAGCAUGGUAGCAUUAAAAUGAAUCAGAAACAAGCCGAAGCUCCUUUACGAGUCGUUUCUACCGAGUCUUUUAGCUUCAUAAACUUCAUAACGCUAAUUACUUUAUAACGCUCGUUGACAAGAGAGAUCCAAAAAGACUGCAUAAAAACUGCAUAAAAAAAAAGUGACGUCUUCUCUCUCAGAUCAAAGAUGAAGGCCUAUCUAGCACAUCGACUGAUUGGGACUUCCGUUACUUAAAGAGUCGCCUCCUUAGAACUCCUCUUUUUUAUUAAAAAGAGGAUCAAUAAACGGUUGACCUCGAUAGAAAUCGCUAUUGAGCAAGGAUGACCACAAAGACGACGUUUGACCCGGGAGAAAUUCCCCCGUUCGACAUGACGCUGCUGGACGUCGUCACGACUGAGGAAAAUCCUUACAGCAACAUAACCGAAAUAAAUGCCACGGAAGUUGAUUGGCCGGACAUGCCGUUGGCCAUCGUAAAAGUCUGCAUUCUCGGUUCGAUCAUCGCCACAGCUCUAUUUGGCAAUCUCCUGGUGAUGGUGUCGGUCAUGCGGCACAGGAAGCUGCGGAUCAUCACAAACUACUUUGUCGUCUCGCUGGCGCUGGCCGAUAUGCUGGUGGCGAUGUUCGCGAUGACUUUUAACGCCAGCGUGCAGGUGACCGGCAGGUGGCUCUUCGGCUACUUCAUGUGCGACGUCUGGAACUCCCUGGACGUCUACUUCAGCACCAGCUCGAUCCUCCAUCUGAUGUGCAUUUCGGUGGAUCGUUACUACGCGAUCGUGAAGCCGCUCAAAUAUCCCAUCAACAUGACGAAGAGAGUCGUGGCGUACAUGCUGCUCGCCUGCUGGCUGGCGCCGGCCAUCAUCUCCUUUGUGCCAAUUUUCUGCGGCUGGUACACUACGGAAGAGAACAGCGUGUACAGGCACACGCACCCGGAGCUGUGCGAGUUCAAAGUCAACACGAUAUAUGCCAUACUAUCAUCGAGUAUAUCUUUCUGGAUACCGUGCACUAUCAUGACAGUUACGUACCUCGCGAUAUUUAAGGAAGCUAACAGGCAGGAGGAACAAAUGCACAGUAGAAUGGGUAAUGCCAUGCUGCUCAGUCACAGACCAAGCAAGGAUCUGAAUAAUUUAAACGGUGAGCUGAACAACGACGGGUCUUCCAAGACGUUAACUUUGAACGACAUCAACACCGAGCGAUAUCUGCAUACACCCACGAAAGAUAAGAACAUGAUGAAGAUGAAGAGAGAGCACAAGGCGGCGAGGACGCUGAGUAUCAUUAUGGGUACCUUCAUUCUCUGCUGGCUGCCAUUUUUUCUUUGGUACGUCAUUACGGCGCUGUGCGGUGAGCACAGCUGUCCAAGCCCGCACAUCGUGAUUGCAAUUCUCUUCUGGAUUGGAUAUACGAAUUCAGCAUUGAAUCCAUUGAUCUACGCGUAUUUUAAUCGUGACUUUCGAGAGGCGUUUAAAAAUACUCUGCAAUGCGCCUUCUGCUCGCUCUGUAGACGAGAGCCGUCGGAUCUCGAAGCGCUAGACUUCCGUCGGCCAUCCCUCAGGUACGAUGAUCGCACUAAGAGCAUAUACUCGGAGACGUACAUAAAGCACAUCGACCGCCGAAGAUCGAGUGAGUUCGGGAGCAGUCUUUGAGACGAAACUACAUUUAGAUUUUAAUCACGUACGAGUGGAAAAAUUGCACGCAUCUACGUAGUUGCAAAGAUGCGCGCAUCCCCCUCCCCCCUCUCUC